AUGGACUCGUUGAGCACGUCGCUCGCACAUGCCUCCAUGAGGACAAGCCUCAACGAUCUUCCAGAGGAACUCACACUGGACAUUAUCACACACCUCCCCCACGCCUCCCACAUCGCCAACCUCAGCCAAACAUCCAGAUACGCGCACAGCAUCGUGGAGCGUGCCGGAUGGAAGAAAUUCAGUCGACAGAGCUUUCCCUCGUUGGCUCUCGACGGCACGUCAGCAUUCCCUGGGAGGAUAUUGGCCGAUCGACUCACGUAUUUGGAUAUGUGCUGGGAAAAACGAGCCUUCGUCUAUCAUUCAUACAAAGAAUCAGCACCACCACGGACCGGCAGGCGUUGGAAGGGCAAGCAGACUGUAGGCUUCUACCCGGUGCUAGAUGGUGGCCUAGUUGGUCAAGGCGACGAGCUGGUUGCAUGGGGGGCUGGUGAAGACCUCCUCACGAGGUAUACGCCCUGCAGUCUCUCUAGUCAACACCAAUGGAGCCGUCUCGAGGGGAAGAGCAUAGGCCAAUCGGCUGGGUUUGGCGAUAUCACAGCGCUGUCCGUGUUAGACAGGGGCUCAGGGCCUGAAGCACUUGUCGGCAGGGCGAAUGGACAGAUGAGACUCAUCACAGUCGCUGGCGAGGGUUUUGGGCAGCUGGUGCAGCAGCUUCUGCCCCAUGAACAGACUGUCGAGUCGCAUCAUGCGAGGGUCUCUUGGAUGAAGAUUGGAUCCCCAGCACAAGUGGCAAUCUCCGCGACGCAGUGGCACCCCGAAAACAACCUGAUCGCGAGUUGUCAAGGUUCGAGCCUCACAUUGUACGACCUAAGCGAUCAUGAUUCCGAGUAUAUCCAGUCCGUGGCGCAAUAUGACAUGGCAACCGGCGGUCCGGACGACGAGCUCUCGCUCCUGAAGAGCGCAAAAUUCCUUGGCAAGAACAGUAUUGCCUGCGCACUCGGCAACACGCGGAAUCCCUUGCGCUUCGGGACCAUCACGCCCUCAGGGCUUGUAUUUCCCACCACGUCCGAAAGCCCAGAUACGCGGCCUUGGGACGUUUUCGGCUCCUUGGAUGCCGAGGGCAAGACUGCUGUUCGCGCCAUCGAAACAGUCGGCAACGGGGCGAGCGAGUCGCUUCUACUGAGUGCCUGGGACGACGGGACAUUUCGCCUGACAGAUCGCCGCACACCCUCGUCCUACGUGAUGAUGUAUCGCGAUCGAUGCUGGCAGACGUACGACAGCGCAAGCUCGCUCCUCGUCUAUGGGACGCAGCGUUUCGUCGCCGGCGGCAAGUCGGCCGCAAACGUGCGCAUCUACGACUUUCGCAAUCCGAAGCCGUAUCACUACGCGGAUGCCCUGCCUUGCAUCGACCAAUGUCCGCCCCCGAUCUCGCCGUACGACCACUCGCCCGGCUACACGCCGCGCGCACGCUGCUCGGGCUCGCACAAGUGCACGUACCAUUUCCAGAGUCGUCGAGAUGUCUAUCGUCCUGAUGUCACCCUUUACAUGGGCGACGCCAGCGUCGGGAAUGUCUACUCUCUUGCCAAGACAUCGGAUAUCGCUUCGUCGUUCUUUGUCGGUACCCAGGGCGCGGUGACUGAAGUUGGCCUGAAACUGGCCGAGGACGUGACGGCCAAGGGCCUUAUGUCAAAGGACGCCCCGGAUGGUUGGAAAGUAGGAAAGCCUUCUGGGACGAUAGCCAUGUCAGAAGAUGGUAUGGGUGCAUGCGUCAGGUCGGAGUGGAGGAUGGAGACGCAGGGUUUCCUCGGCCUAAAGAAGCAGAAUAGACGUGCGAGGAAACGGGAUUACACUAGACGACUAGACUCCGCAUAUUACGACUAA